AUGGCCUCUGGCUGCCGAGAUCGCACGUUGGAGUUCCGAUCUCUCUCUCAAACUCUGAAGAAGAUCGAGAGACCUCAUCACCUGAUCAAGCUGAAGAUGUUCCUUCUACAUCGAAACAAUACACUCCUGUGUCCUAUUCUAGAUCUGAAUUCAACAGAAGCCUCUCGAAUUGGGUUGGGUAUUCAUGAAGCCUCCCAGAAGAUUUCGAGGCUUGCUCAAUGUAAGCCUACCUCUUUCAUUACUUUCGUAUUAAUCUUUUUGCCUUUAUGGAGGAGAGCUUUCGUCGCCGCGCUUCCCGAAAAUUUGUCGACUUUACCUUUGGCGGCAUACCGCAUCCCACUAGCUGGAUACGUAAAUGAAAGGGAAAAGAACUAUGAAUUGGGAAGUGAUUUGAUUGUUGGCAAAGAAGUCUCGAUGUUUAAUGAUCCCACUGUGGAAAUACAAGAAUUGACGGCCUUGAUUAAGAAUGACAUCACGGCAUUGAAUUCAGCUCUUUCAGAUUUACAAACUAUUCAAAACAUGGAAAUAGCUGAUGGAAAUUAUUCGGAGGAUAGAAUUGUUCAUUCAACAGCUGUCUGUGAUGACUUAAAGGGCAAACUUAUGGGGGCAACUAAGCAGCUUCACGAUGUGUUAACUAGCAGGACAGAGAAUAUCAAGGCUCAUGAGAAUAGGAAGCAAAUAUUUUCCAAGAAAGCGUCUAGAGGCAAUCCUUUCCAGCAUCGAUCAGAGCCAGUGACUGAGCCACCCCCUUGGUCAAAUUCAUUAAAUGCAUCUGAAAGUUCGCAGCAAAUAUCAGCAUCCCUUUCAAAUGAAAUCACACCGAGCAAUCAAUUAAGACGGAGGCUAGCUGCUGACAACGCUCCAUCCCAGCAAAUGGAAAUGUCUAUGAUGCAGCAAGUGGUCCCAAGACAAGAAAGUUAUAGUCAGAGUCGUGCAACUGCUCUGCACAGUGUGGAAUCUACCAUCACAGAACUGAGUGGGAUUUUCACUCAUUUGGCCACAAUGGUUGCUCAUCAAGGGGAACUAGCUAUCAGGAUUGAUGACAACAUGGAUGAGUCAUUGGCAAAUGUUGAAGGAGCUCACAGUUCUUUAUUGAAGCAUCUCAGCCAAAUAUCAUCGAAUAGGUGGCUUCUGAUCAAGAUAUUUGCCGUUCUGAUACUAUUUCUGCUGAUCUUCAUAUUCUUCGUGGCCUGAAUUAACUCACGCUUGCCCAAUCACACAAGCAUGUUGGUGGCUCAUUUGGAUUUAUUUGUUUUCCUCCAUCCAUCGAGGCAAAAAUGUUAAGGCGUGUGCAUGCAACAGGUGUUCUUUAUUUUUUACAAGUCAACAGACAGGGCUUCACUGGUCUGUAAAGUUUUACAUUCUCAGAUUAUGUUGUUUGGCGUGAUGAUACAUAUGCCGAAACUCUCAGUCGAAUGCAUAUUAUGCAAGCUA